CUGUUUGCUGCUGUUUGUGCCGGGCCUCUCUACACCAGUCUGCCCUGGUUAGGAGACAUCCAACUCUCUGUCUUCUGCCUGGAGAUACCUCUGAGUUUUUACUUGGGACUGUCUGGGAAUCCUAUAGAUCUGGAGAGACGAAAGCAGGAGUUUGGACAAAACUUCAUCCCCUCUAAAAAGCCCAAGACCUUUUUGGAGUUAGUGUGGGAAGCUCUACAAGACGCCACACUCAUCAUCCUGGAGGUUGUAGCAAUCAUCUCCUUGGGCCUGUCCUUCUCUCGGCCUCCUGGGGGUGGAAACGAGCUAGAUUGUGGGCAAUCCAAAAUUGGUGUGACAGAUGAAGGGGAAGCAGAGACUGGCUGGAGUGAAGGGGCAGCUAUCCCAUUUUCGGCCAUCGUUGUGGUGCUGGUGAUGGCCUUCAAUGACUGGAGCAAGGAGAAGCAGUUCUGGGGCCUACAGAGCCGUAUUGAGCAGGAGCAGAAGUUCACUGCUAUCCGCAAAGGCCAGAUUGUCCAAUUGCCUGUGUUUGAGAUUGAGGUGACCUUUUGCCUGCAGAUGGGAUCCUGAUCCAAGGGAAUGAUCUGAAAAUUGAUGAGAGUGCUUUAACUGGAGAGUCUGACCAUGUCAAGAAGACUGUAGAGAAGGACCCCAUGCUACUUUCAGUCCUUCAUCCUUCUCUCUUUUCUGGAUGCUUACUCUCAGCUCUGCAGAACUCAUCAGUCCCAGUUUUGAUGUGUCUUAGGACACACCAAUGGCAGAAACUCAGAUCGAGAAGAUAGUAGCGGUGGUCCUGGUUCACCUGCUCUGUGCUUUAUCAUCUUCCCAACAAGUAGAAAUUCAGACUCACCUUCAAGGCCCUAUCAAAGGGAGACCUCACUACCACCAUAGAUGCUGCUUCCACUCUUAGACAGCUCUAAUCAAGAAAAGGUUUGUCUUUACAUCAAGCUGAAUUCUGCCUGGAUGAAACUUCUCCCUGCUGUUCCUGCUUCUACCUCUGAGGGCCAAGCAGAACAAGUUUGAGCCUCCUCACAAGGCUAAAUCCUAGCAUUGAAUCCUAGCAGUCAGCCAUCAUGCCCCCUCUAUGUCUACCUUCCUCCAGGACAGACACUGACAGUUCUUCCAGCUGGUCUCUACCCAGUAUGAUCUCAAGUUUCUUACAAAUUCAGGCCCUCCUGCAGCUCGCAUUCAAAACUGAACAUAAUACUCCAGAUGUGACCUGACAAAGGCAGACUCUUGUAUUGUGUACACACUCAUAAUCUGGCCUCUUUCUUUCAAUGCCUGUCUAUGCUGUAAGUGAUCUUUUGUUUUGUUUUGUUUCCCUGGUGUCCCCCAUGGGACCUAGCACAGGGGUAGGGAACUUGCAGCCUUGAGGCCACAUGUGGUCCUCUAGGUCCUGAAAUGCAGCCCUCUGA